AUGCUUCAACAAGCGGUACAUUGCUCUACCGCCGUAGUAUAUUCCGCCUUCUACUACUUCUCGGGGACAUUCUUCUUCGACAUCGUCCAUUUCCUCCUUCAUCGAUGCGCUAGAUCACGGCUACGUCCUCUGCGUCAACUUUCCAAAGUGCACUCUGUUCACCAUUGGUACUUCGACCGGCACCUCAAACACAACGAUAGAUACCAGCUUGCCAAUGCUUUGACAAAUCUGCCGCUGGAGCUCCUGUGUCAGCUCAUCGGCUCGUCGCUGUCUAGGGGGGUCCUGUGUCUGAUAGUGGCAGAAGAUGACCGAGAAUUUGCGACUAGUAUUCUCCACAUCACGUUGGCUCUUGAAGUCAUCAGGGUCGCUGUUGUGAUUGUCCUCGAGGGCAGAGACUCCAACCACAUACCUUUCAGCACGGUGCCCAAAGACAACGACUGGCUCCUUGUUGGACCUGCAUAUCACUCCUUACAUCAUAUGUAUCCUGAUCAACAUAUGAGUUCGUUCUUCAGGCUGUUCGACUGGAUUAUCGGCACCGCCUGGACCCUCAGAAAGAAGCGUAUCGCCAUGACUGGCACCGGUGGUGCCUAUGGAGCAGCGCUCAAGAAACAGCUAGAGUCCGAUGGCGUGUCUGAGAUCACAGCGCUCCGCUACGGGGUCGACUUUGACGAUGUAGCUGUGGCAGCAAACGGUGUUCAGACACUCGCAGGUGUCGACAUCUUGAUCCUCGCACAUGGGCUGAGGCAUGGCGACGUGAUGAGGGCCAACUACGAAACUAGCAGACGUCUUGUAGAAGUGUUUGCUCAGACCCGCAAGCCCCGCACAGGACGGCGGCCUGCUGAACUGCCCGAAGUUUGGUAUACAGGCAGUGAGGCGGAGAUGCAUCCGAGCUGGGGAAACGACUCGCUAGCAGCGUACUCGGCAUCUAAGCGGCGCUUUCUCCCCUUUGCAAAGUCGCUCUACGAGAAGGAUACGGUGGUCUACAGACACAUAGUCCUUUCGGCCUUCUCGUCCAAGAUGGGUCCAGCCAUUGUGAGUGCGGAUUGGGCUGCGAAGUGGACAAUGUGGUGGAUCCGAAGGGGCGGGAAGUACAUUCCUGUGACCUACACAGGUAUUGCCUACUUGCACUUCUUCAAGUUCUUGUUUGGCAUCAAGGCGGAGGCGAACGAUGUUCAAUUCGAGGUUUGGAGAGAGGUCAGAGUGGAAGAUUGGAGGAGUGAUCAGACUGCUGAGGGGGGCACGGCUGUUAGUUGA